AGAAGCCAAGAGAAGAGCAACAAGAACAAUGAAUGUUUCUGUGGUGAAUACUCCCCAGAAUCUGUUAUCAUUCAGGGAUGUGGCUGUGGACCUCUCACAAGAGGAAUGGGAAUGUCUAGACUGUGCUCAGAGGGCUUUGUACAUGGAUGUGAUGUUGGAGAAUUACAAAAAUCUAGUUUUUGUGGAGAACCAUUGCAUAUGUGGUAAAUAUGAGACGGUUAUGGAUCAAGGUACAAAGCACAUUGUCCAGGGUCAUAUGGAUAUCCAAGAAAAGCAUUCCCAAUAUAAUGGACUUGGAAAAGUUAUUCAUGAAUCUUCUGAAAGUACACCAUAUGACAGAAAGGACAUUGCAGAAAACUGCGAGGACUGGUUUUUUAACCACAGAGACGCCUCUGUUGAAUCAUUAAACACAGACAGACAUAAAAGUGAGGACACUGGAGAAGAACCUUACAAAUACAGAGAAAGUGUAAACUUUUUAGAUUUGUGUUCCAUCACUAGUCAAAAUCAAAGACUCCACACAGGAAAAGAAGAACACAAAAAUACAGAGUAUGGUAAAAGUUUUGACUCUAAAUGUGUACUCACAGUGAGAGCCACUAGUGCAAAGAAGCCACAGCAAUGCAAGAAAUGUGGGAAAUGGUUCAAGAUGUACUCAAGCCUCAGUAAACAUCAGAGAGCUCAUACUAUAAAGAAAUCUUAUAAAUGUACAAAAUGUAGUAAAUCUUUUCUGUAUAUGUCCCAUCUCAAAGUUCAUUACAAGAUCCAUUCUGGAGAAAAACCUUACAAAUGUACUGAAUGUGGUAAGUGCUUUUUUCAUGCAUCACACCUGGAAAGACAUUACAGAUUCCACACUGAAGAGCAUACUUACAAAUAUAGUGUUUGUGGCAAAUCCUUUAUCUGCUGUACAGGUCUUAUAAAACAUCAGAAAACUAGUGGAUGGGAGAGGCUUCCUGAAUGUAAGCAAGGUACUAGAGUGUUCUAUACAUGGUCACACCUUGAAUACCAUGGUAGAACCCACAGGGGAAAAACUUUUAUAUGUAAUGAAUGUGGCAAAUCCCUUUAUACAUUUUCAGGUCUUAAAAGACAUCAGAGAAUCCACACAGGGGACAAACCAUACAAAUGUAAUGAAUGUGAGAAAUCCUUUACCCAGAAUGUAGUCUUAGAACUCAUCAGAGAAUACAUACAGGAGAGAAACCAUACAAGUGUAAUGAAUGUGACAGAUCCUUUACCAGGAAAUUCUAUCUUAGAACUCAUCAGCGAAUACAUACAGGGAGAGAAACCUUACAAGUGUAGUGAGUGUGAUAAAUCAUUUACUCAGAAAAGCAAUCUUAGAAGUCAUCAGAGAAUACAUACAGGAGAGAAACCUUACAAAUGUUGUGAAUGUGAGAAUCUCUUUACCUGUGGCUCUCAUCUUAGAAGACAUCAGAGAAUACAUACAGGAGAGAAACUUUACAAAUGUAGUGAAUGUGAGAAAUCCUUCAUCCAUGGUGCAGAUCUUAGAAGACAUCAGAAAGUUCAUACAGGAGUUAAACCUUACAAAUGCAGUGAAUGUAACAAAUCCUUUACCCAGAAGGGCAGUCUUAGAACUCAUCAGAGAAUACAUACCGGAGAGAAACCUUACAAUUGCAGUGAAUGUGACAAAUCCUUUAUCAGGAAAUUCUAUCUUAGAACUCAUCAGAGAAUACAUACAGGAGAGAAGCCUUACCAGUGUAGCGAAUGUGGCAAAUCCUUUUCCCAGAAGUUUAAUCUUAGAGCUCAUCAGAGAAUUCAUUCAGGAGAAAAGCCUUACAAAUGUAGUCAGUGUGAGAAAUCUUUUUUAUUCAGAAAGCCAACCUUAGAACACAUCAAAGAAUUCAUAGGAGAGAAACCUUAUGAAUGUCGUAUCUUUACUUGUCUCUCAAGUCUAAGAAAACACCUGAAAAUUAAUACCUGGGGAGAAAAGUUUCCAUGGGAAACUUUGUCAUGUGCUUUGUCCAAGCUCUGUCCUUAGCUACACUUGAAGCUUCACACUGUAGACACAUUAUGAACAGGCGAAACUUGUGAAAUUCUUUAAAACGUUUAAUCUUGGAAACCAAGAGGUUAUGUUGAGGGAAAUUAUAAAUAUGUG